AUGGCACCUGUACUCGGCUACUGGAAUAUUCAUGGAAGAGCUCAACCAAUACGGCUAAUGUUGGCCUACACGGGCACCGACUAUGAGGACAAACGCUACACCAGUGCUAGCGACUGGUCCAACGAUAAACAUACACUUGGACUGGACUUUCCCAAUCUGCCCUACUAUCUGGACGAUGAUGAUGGUGUCAAACUGACACAAAGCGUAACUAUUAUGCGAUUCAUUGGCCGAAUCAACAAUCUUGAUGGACAGUCACCGGAGGAAAGGGUUCGUAUAGCGCUCGUAGAGCAACAAUUGGUCGACUAUAUUGCCGCCUUAACUAAGCUAUGCUACGAUCCAGAGUUUGCUAAUCUAAAGGAUAACUAUAUUGGCAAUCAAUUGGCCCAACAGUUGCAACUGUUGGAUAAAUUUCUGGGCAAUGAUCGACCAUUUUUGGCAGGUGACAAUAUGAGCUAUGUAGAUUUUAUAGCAUUCAACUAUAUCGAUAAGGUUAGCAAAUUGGCCGGCAAUUCGGUGAUCGACGAGUACGACAAUCUCAAGAACUAUUUCGCCCGAAUACUAGAGUUUCCUUCAAUUGAAAACUAUCGGGAAAAUGAACCCAAAGUUCCAUUUCUCGGUAGAUCUGCUCAAUGGGGUAAUACAGUCGACAUAUAG